GCUUAAGUGCUUAGCCUUUACCAGGUCGUCGGCAAAAUUCCCACCGAUAACGGUCUCAAUUCAUAAGUUUUCUUCGAUUUCACGCAGCUAGCUUUUGAUCCAGUCCAUAUACCGAUUCCGAGCUCCAUUUUGAGGCAUCGGUACUUCGAAGCUCAAUAUCAAUCCUGAUCUCACAUCUCAGCUAUGGCGUCUGUAUAAUUUCUUAUUACGACGAGCUCACAGUGCCUGUGCUUUUACAUGCUUUUCAGUUUGUUGAUGGUAUCAGUUUUUGUGAAGCAAUGGAUAAAAUGAGUACUUUGGAAUACAUCAACCAGAUGUUUCCCACAGAGGCGUCUUUGUCGGACGUCGAGCCGCUAAUGCAAAAGAUUCAGAGUGAGAUUCAUCGUGUGGAUGCUGGAAUAUUGGCUGCUGUUCGUCAACAGAGUAACUCAGGAACCAAGGCCAAGGAAAAUCUUGCUGCUGCUACACGUGCUGUGGAGGAACUCAUGUACAAAAUUCGUGAGAUAAAAACAAAAGCUGAGCAAAGUGAGACAAUGGUUCAAGAAAUAUGUCGGGAUAUUAAGAAGCUGGACUUUGCAAAAAAGCACAUAACAACUACAAUUACUGCUCUUCAUCGUCUUACCAUGCUAGUUUCUGCAGUGGAGCAACUUCAAGUUUUAGCUUCAAAACGGCAAUAUAAGGAGGCAGCUGCACAGCUAGAGGCUGUCAACCAGUUAUGUGGUCAUUUUGAAGCCUACAGGGAUAUUCCAAAAAUCACAGAGCUUAGAGAGAGGUUUAAGAAUAUCAAACAGAUACUGAAAUCACAUGUGUUCUCUGAUUUCUCAAGCCUGGGAACUGGGAAAGAGACUGAAGAAACUAAUUUGCUGCAGCAGUUAUCUGAUGCUUGUCUUGUUGUUGAUGCAUUAGAGCCAUCUGUGAAAGAGGAAUUAGUAAACAACUUUUGUAGCAGGGAGCUUACCUCAUAUGAGCAAAUUUUUGAAGGAGCUGAACUAGCUAAGCUGGAUAAAACAGAACGAAGAUAUGCAUGGAUUAAGCGUCGAAUGAGAACGAAUGAGGAAAUCUGGAGAAUUUUUCCUACUUCAUGGCUUGUCCCUUAUCGGCUCUGCAUCCUAUUCUGUAAUAAGACAAGGAAACAAUUGGAGGGGAUCCUUGACGACAAUAAAGAAAAGCCUGAUGUUGCAACUUUGUUAUUGGCACUACAAAGAACACUAGAAUUUGAGGAUGAAUUGGCAGAGAAAUUUGGAGGAGGUGCUCAGAGCAGAGAUCUUGGAAAUGAUAUUGAGGAAAUUGGUAGGGGGCAGAACAGUAGUCAAAAUGUAUCAGAUAUUCGAAAGAAGUAUGAAAAGAAGCUUGCUGUUCAUCAAGAAAGUGAGAGUGAGGAGAAGAAUGGAAACAAAGAUCUGUCAGUAACUGGAGCUGGGUUCAACUUCCGAGGAAUUAUUUCGUCUUACUUUGAGCCUCACUUGACUGUAUAUGUAGAGUUAGAGGAGAAGACACUGAUGGAGAACCUUGAGAAACUUGUUCAGGAAGAAACAUGGGAUGUUGAGGAAGGAAAUCAGAAUAAUGUUCUAUCUAGUAGCAUGCAGUUGUUUCUUAUAAUCAAAAGGAGCUUAAAGCGCUGCAGUGCUUUGACAAAGAACCAGACUCUGUUUAAUUUGUUCAAGGUAUUUCAAAGAGUCCUCAAAGCAUAUGCUACUAAGCUUUUUGCAAGACUACCAAAGGGUGGUACAGGAAUUGUUGCAGCUGCUACUGGCACUGAUGGACAAAUAAAGACAUCGGACAGGGAUGAAAAAGUGAUCUGUUAUAUUGUGAAUUCAGCUGAAUAUUGCCAUAAAACGUCUGGCGAACUAGCUGAAAGUGUGUCUAAAAUCAUUGAUUCACAAUUUGCAGAUCAAGUGGAUAUGUCAGAAGCACAGGAUGAAUUUUCAGCUGUGAUAACUAAAGCAUUGGUUACCCUAGUGCAUGGCCUGGAAACUAAAUUUGAUGUUGAGAUGGCUGUGAUGACACGUGUUCCAUGGGGUACCCUUGAGAGUGUUGGGGACCAAUCAGGGUAUGUUAAUGGCAUAAAUAUGAUCCUUACCAGUAGCAUUCCUGUGCUUGGGAGCCUACUUUCAACUGUUUACUUCCAGUUCUUCUUGGACAAGCUUGCAUCUUCACUUGGACCACGGUUCUAUGCCAACAUUUUCAAAUGCAAGCAAAUAUCGGAAACAGGAGCCCAACAAAUGCUACUGGAUACUCAAGCUGUAAAGACGAUUCUUCUGGACAUUCCUUCACUUGGUCAUCAGACUUCCGGUGCUGCUGGCUACUCAAAAUUUGUUAGUCGUGAGAUGAGCAAAGCUGAAGCACUCUUGAAGGUUAUACUAUCUCCAGUUGAUUCUGUUGCAGAUACAUAUCGUGCAUUGUUACCAGAGGGAACACCUAUGGAGUUCCAGCGUAUUCUGGAGCUUAAGGGCCUCAAGAAAGCUGAUCAGCAGAGUAUUCUGGAUGACUUCAACAAAGGUGCACCAGCAAUUUCACAGCCUUCCAGUACAGCAGCAGUUGGCUCAACGGCCCCACCUCCCCUGGCUGUUGCUGCUGCUGCAGCUCCAGCCCCUGCUCCAGCUCCAGCACUUACUGGUCCCGCAUCAGUUGGACUUAUUGCCUCCCGGGAGGACGUUCUAACGAGAGCAGCUGCACUGGGACGCGGUGCAGCAACUACAGGGUUUAAGAGGUUCCUUGCUUUAACAGAAGCUGCCAAAGACAGAAAGGAUGGGCCUUUCAGGAAACUCUUCAAUGCUUAAGAACGGUAAAUAACUCCAAAUAUGUUUGCAUCUGUAAUUUUGAUUUUAUUUCUUCUUACUUGAGGCUACCUAUCUAGAGUACUAUUCUUUUCAACCAUAUAGAAAAAAAAAAAUUUUUGCAGGACAAAAAAAAAGUUUAUUAUUCCCUGUAAUUCAGUAAUUCUUGGAAUUUAUUCCAAGUUAACGGCAGUAUCGAAAUCAAAUUAAACUUGCUAG